GCAGCCGAGCGCGCACCCACAAAACUCCCGACCGCUCCGUCCCAGCAGGCCCACGCCCCGAUUUGGCCUCCGAUCGCCUCCGCGCGCACGGCCAUCACGCACCACUGUUCCCCCGUCCGCGGGCCGCGCCUCGCCAUCGCCGGCCGGGAGCCCUAGAUCCUCCGCCUCCCUGCUUCCGCCCGCCGCCCGCCAAUGGAGGCGAUGGAGGAGCUCUCGGAGCUCGCUGACGCGACGCUGCAGGGCGCCGCGCUGCUCGCUGACGACGACCCCGCCGCCGACCGCCCCAACCGCCGCGGCUCCUCGUUCCUCACCGUCGUCGCGAUCGGCAACGUCGGCGCGGGUAAAUCGGCGGUGCUCAACGGCUUGAUCGGCCAUCCCGUGCUCCCUACGGGGGAGAAUGGUGCAACAAGAGCCCCGAUCUGCGUGGAACUGCAGCGGGAUGCAUCGCUCAGCAGCAAGUCUAUCAUGCUGCAGAUUGACACCAAGUCACAGCAGGUUUCUGCAAGUUCCCUCAGGCACUCGUUGCAGGACAGGUUGAGUAAGGCUGGUUGUAGUUCUGGUAUGGGGCGAUCCAAUGAGAUCAAUAUGAAAUUGUGCACGAGCACAGCCCCUUCACUGAAGUUAAUUGAUUUACCUGGGAUUGAUCAACGGAGCAUGGAUGAAUCAACGAUUGGCAACUAUGCGGAGCGCAAUGAUGCAAUUUUGGUAGUUAUCAUUCCAGCUCUACAAGCACCUGAUGUGGCAUCUUCUCGAGCUCUAAGGAUUGCCAGAGAAUUGGAUUCAGAAGGUACUAGAACCAUAGGCGUCUUAAGCAAAGUUGAUCAGGCUGCUGGAGAGCAGAAAGCCCUGGGUGCUGUUCAGGCCUUGCUUGUAAACCAAGGUCCAAGAACAGCUGCAGACAUUCAGUGGGUAGCUACAAUUGGGCAUUCUAUUGCUAUUGCAUCUGCUCCGUCUGAAGUAGGUUCUGAAACCUCACCAGAAACUUCUUGGCAAGCAGAAGGUGACAACCUUAUCUCUAUACUCGGCGGAGCUCCCCAAAGUAAGCUUGGUCGAGUAGCUUUAGUUGAUUCACUUGCUAAGCAGAUAAGGACACGGAUAAAAGUUAGGCUUCCAAAUCUCCUGAAUGGUCUUCAAGGAAAGUCUCAGAUAGUUGAAGAGGAGUUAGCGAAGCUUGGAGAACAGAUGGUCCAAAGUUCUGAAGGAACCCGGGUCAUUGCUUUAGGACUUUGCCGAGAAUUUGAGGAUAAGUUUCUCCAACAUAUUGCUGGUGGUGAGGGUGCAGGUUGGAAAGUUGUUGCAAGUUUUGAGGGAAAGUUUCCAACUAGGAUCAAACAACUACCUCUGGACAAGCAUUUUGAUAUGAAAAAUGUCAAAAGGAUUGUUCUUGAGGCUGAUGGUUAUCAACCAUACUUGAUAUCACCGGAGAAAGGCUUAAGGUCUCUAAUAAAAAGGCUUCUAGAGUUAGCAAAGGAACCAUCAACACUCCUUGUGGAUGAGGUUCACCGUGUAUUGCUAGAAAUAGUGUCAGCUGCAGCAAAUGCGACUCCAGGACUUGGUAGAUAUCCUCAAUUUAAGCGUGAGGUAAUUUCCAUUGCAUCUGCUGCUUUAGAUGGCUUUAAGAAUGAGGCAAGAAAGAUGGUCAUUGCUCUAGUUGAUAUGGAGCGUGCAUUUGUGCCUCCCCAGCAUUUUAUCUGCUUAGUGCAGAGGAGAAUGGAAAGGCAACGUCACGAGGAUGAGCUGAAGAAUCGCUCUACAAGGAAGGGUCAAGAAGCCGACCAAAACAGAGAUACAAGCCCACAGAAAAGUUCACAUCAUGGCCAGACGAAACAAGUACCAAAUAUACAGGUUUUAGGGCCUGCAGGAGAAAUUACUGCCGGUUUUCUGUUUAAAAAACGUGCAAAAGCAAAUGACUGGAGCAAGCGAUGGUUUGUUCUGAACGAGAAAAGUGGAAAGCUUGGAUACACCAAGAAACAACAGGAGAGACAUUUUCGGGGCGUCAUAAAUUUGGAGGAUUGUAAUCUUGAGGAGAUUUUAGUUGAUGAAGAUCCUCCAAGAAGUUCUAAAGAUUCUAAAAAGGCAAAUGUGCCAGAUAUUGGAAAUGAUCCUAGUCUAAUGUUCAAGAUUACUCACAAGAUUGCUUAUAAAAAUGUUUUAAAAGCCCACAAUGCUGUUAUACUAAAGGCUGAAAGUAUGGCUGACAAAACUGAAUGGGUCACCAAGAUUAAGAGCAUUGUUGAAUCAAAAGGGUCUUCUGCUAAGAGACCAAAUGCUUCAGAAGGUGGUGUACCAAUGAGGCAAAGCCAUUCAGAUGGUUCUCUAGACACAAUGCUAAGAAAACCUGUGGACCCUGAAGAAGAGCUUAGAUGGAUAUCUCAAGAAGUCCGUGGAUAUGUGGAAGCUGUCCUCAGCAGUCUUGCAGCAAAUGUCCCCAAGGCUGUGGUUCUUUGCCAAGUAGAGAAAGCAAAGGAAGAUAUGCUUAAUCAGCUGUAUACUUCCAUAAGCACGGAAAGCACAGCCAAGAUUGAAGAGUUAAUCCAGGAGGACCAUAAUGUGAAGCGCAGGCGUGAAAAAUUCAAGUUGCAGUCAUCCCUUCUUUCCAAGGUUACUCGCCUGCUCAGCGUCCAUGAUAAUCGCUCAGCCAGUGCUAGUUGGUCAAAUGAUUCUGCUGUAUGAGAGAGUAUCCCGGUAGCCAGUGGGCAUUCUAGUGAUGAAUGGAAAUCUGCAUUUCAUGCUGGAUCCACCAAUUCAUCUGCGGGAGCAACCUUUGGCAACCGCUGCUUGCCGAGUCGAGGGUCGCCGCCACCGCCACCAAAUGGUUGUUGACCAGGGUACAGCUUCUGUUUAGUUUCCAAGGAGCCCGUCUCUUUGCUCCAGGUGCCCGAGCAGCUAUUUCUGUGUUUUCAGAGGAACACAGUAAUAACUGUUGAAGCUUGACUGGAUUACUGAAGCAAGGCGUCCAUAGGUUGUGAAUAACAAACCGUCGAUAAUAUAAGUAAAUGUAGAUUUCUAUUAUUUUUUCCACUCACAUUUCUGCUGUAGGAUCGAUCUAUUUACUGUAAUUUUUUGCUUUCUUUAAUAUUUUUUUUGCUUUUAUGCAAUUUUUUCUCUUUGUUUUUUCCGCUGCUGCCAUUUGUUCAAUUGGACUGUAUGAAGCAAGAGCUUAGCUUAGUUUGGUUUGUUGGAGUAAGGAAAUGGUAACUGAAUCAUAUGUUGGUAAAUGGUGGUCCCUUUUCUUUCCCAUUUUGAAUUA